AUGGCAGUGGACAUUAAUAUAACGACGGGAGUACCGACGGACAUGGCAGUGGACAUUAAUAUAACGACGGGAGUACCGACGGACAUGGCAGUGGACAUUAAUAUAACGACGGGAGUACCGACGGACAUGGCAGUGGACAUUAAUAUAACGACGGGUGCACAGACGGACAUGGCAGUGGACAUUAAUAUAACGACGGGAACACCGACGGACAUGGCAGUGGACAUUAAUAUAACGACGGGAGUACCGACGGACAUGGCAGUGGACAUUAAUAUAACGACGGGAGCACCGACGGACAUGGCAGUGGACAUUAAUAUAACGACGGGUGCACAGACGGACAUGGCAGUGGACAAUAAUACAACGACGGGAGUACCGACGGACAUGGCAGUGGACAUUAAUAUAACGACGGGAGUACCGACGGACAUGGCAGUGGACAUUAAUAUAACGACGGGAACACCGACGGACAUGGCAGUGGACAUUACUAUAACGACGGGAGUACCCACGGUCUUGGCAGUGACAUGA